UGUUCACAUCCAGUCAUUAGUCUACUAUUUGGUUUUAUUUCUCCUCCUCCUCUUAUCAGGAGAUGUUGAACUUAAUCCUGGUCCAAUGAUUGAUGAUCAACCAUCACUUCUCUCAUUUACAAAAUAUCUUAAACCACUUGUUGACUGGAAACCAUUUGCUCUUUUUCUUCCUGGAAUAACACAAUCUGAUGUCAAGAUAAUUGAUAAAGCAAAGGGAAACAGUAUAGAAGCUUUAUAUAAGAGUUGGCUGCAAGCUAAUCCUCAUGGAUCAUGGAGAGAUGUUAUUACUGCUUUGAAGGAAUGUGAUGAGAUGGAGCUAGUUAAUAAUAUUGAAAGAAAAGUAACAGAUCCCACUAAAGGUAAAACUCCUAGUGCUAUAUUCAGGGCUCAUUCUGUUGAACUUACAGAUAGUAUUUCUACUAGCAUUUUGAGAACAUCAAAUGCGUUGCAUGCUGAAGGACUGAUAUCACUGGAAACUAAAGAAGAUAUGGAUGUAACGGGAGUUGCUAAUUAUAGAAAAGCGACUACGCUUAUCAAUAGCAUUGACAGACAGCUACGUGCCUCUCUUGAUCCAAAGGAGUAUCUCAUUGAUAUAUGUCAUGUAUUAAUAAACCAAAAAUAUCGUACACUAACAGAUAUUGCUACCUCUAUAUUACACGAAUUAGUACCAGAUAAUUCAGCAAACAGAGUUGGGUAUGUAUCUAAUGCAAUAACUGGAGAGGAGGUCAAACCUGGUGAUCAUAUUCUUUCUCAAAGAUGGUUCCACACUCAUCACGGUAUCUAUAUUGGUGAGCCUGAUUGUGAAGUGAUUCAUUUUAGUGGAGAUGAAACUGGAUCAUUAGAAUUUAAAAGGUCAAGCCCACAUUGUCAAAUAAGGAAAACUACUCUGGAUAAAUUCCGUGAUGGUAAUAGACUCUGUCUGGUCGCAUACAACUGCAGUGUAGGAUCAAAAAUCUCUUCCAUAUUACAUAGUGCCUACUGUCACACAGAGAAGGCAAUGCCUCUUUCUGAAACCAUUGAAUUGGCUAAAUAUUUUCUUAAUCAUCCAAAAGAGUUUGGUGAAUAUGAUAUUGCUAAUAACAACAGUGAAACAUUCGCCUGCUUCUGUAAAACAAGUUUGAUGAAUGUUGCAGCACAACUUCAACCAACUAGAUGGAUACCUCUACCAGCAGGAAGUUCAGUAGUGAAUUCACAAUGUGAUACAUAUGUAGAAGCUUUGGAAAAGUAUCACAGAAUACGAUGCCAAAACACAACCUAGAAGGCUUAGACUUAGCUAUAGUGAUUUAAAAUAUUUUUAUAGUUAGAGUUUUUAGCAGUUGCCUAAGUUAUGCUGAAACAUUAUUCAUACUUGUAUGCUGUUUAGAAUAGCAAGUCAGUAACCAAAAACAGUUAUAUUUAUACAACAAUAUUAUUAGUUUUUAGUUGAUUUUUGGUAAUAGUACUAAUAUUAUGCAAAACU